AAGAAGCUGGAAAGCAACGCCUAUAAAUCAGAUCAUACAGAAAAAAUCAGAAAACUAUAUAAUGCUGUCCCAAUACAUGGAGGAGUUCGAACAGGAGCCCUUUGAGGUGGGCGAGUUCAUAGAACGGCUCACCUGGCGCACCAACAAUGAGCUGCAGAACAGCGAAGAGUUCCAUCCUGUGGCCCUGCAUGAUACCUUCAUCCAAACCAUCAAGGACCUGAAGAUCCUGCAGGAGAAGCAGCAGAGCAAGUGCGAGCGGCUAGAGGAGUCGCUGCGCCAGGAGAAGGAGUCGCACGCCAAGAAGAUCGCCAAGCUGCAGGAACGCCACCAAACGGCCAUCGAUGUGUUUGGCCAGCUGGACGAAAAGAUCAACUCGGUGGCCGGCAAGAUUAUGCACCUGGGCGAGCAGCUGGAGAACGUGAACACCCCCCGCAGCCGUUCCGUGGAGGCGCAGAAGUUGCUCAACUUUAUGUCCGAGUUUUUGGCCGCCGGACCCGUGAUUGUCAACGAUAUUUUCGCGGAUGCCACUCGACUUAGUGAAGCCGCCGAUGUGAUCCAGAAGCUCUAUGCCAUCUCGCAGGAUCUGCCGACCGGGAACUUUGCCGAGUCCAAGCGGAAAAUCGAAAAGAAAUACGAUGAAGUGGAGCGGCGGCUGAUCGAAGAGUUUGCCACGGCCCAGAAGAGCGAAGACAUUGAGCGCAUGAAGACCUUGGCCCAGAUCCUGUCCCAGUUCAAGGGCUACACCCAGUGUGUGGACGCGUACAUCGAACAAAGCCAGAUGCAGCCGUACAGCGGCAAAGACAUCUUCAUAGGCAUUGUGCCUCUCUGCAAGCACCACAACGAAAUCAUUCAGAAGGUGUUCGCCAAUCCGCAGCAGGUCAUGUCCAAGUUCAUACUAAACAUCUAUCAGCUGAAGCUGCACCAGUACGCGAUGACCAAGCUGGAAGACAAGAAGGACGAGGAGAAAUAUCUAAGGACUCUUUAUGAGUUAUAUUCACGCACACUGAAACUGUCCACGGAUCUGCAAGUCUACAUGUCCACCAUAGACGACGACUUGCUGCAGAAGCUAACGCAGCAGAUUUUCGUGAAACACCUUGCUGGCUACGCCGAAAUGGAGACCAAGUGCCUAACAGCGAAAUGCUCCUCAGAGCUGGAGAAGUUUUAUGCCAGCAAAAAGCACCAGAAGACGGCUACCACCAAGGGCUUUCGUCGCAACAUGGAGGUGCUGAUAGCCACGCGCGCAAACAUCAAUAUUGCCGCCAUCGAGGACUAUGGCGGGGAGACCUUUCUGUCCGAGGAGCUGGCCAUCAACAUGCUGCAAGAGGCAAAGGCAUCGCUCAAACGCUGCCGUCUGCUGUCCAACGAGGCCGAGCUGCCAGGCAAUGCCAUCAAACUCAACGAUAUACUGUUGCGUUUUCUAAUGCACGAGCAUGUAGACUACGCAUUGGAACUGGGCCUGCAGGCGGUACCGCUGGCGGAGGGCAGGGUCUUUCCACAACUGUACUUCUUUGAUGUGGUGCAAAAGACGAACAUCAUUGUUCAUCUGCUUGACAAGCUGUGCCACACAUCUGUAAUACCCUGUGUGAGUAACACGCCCAAGUACUCGGACUAUGUAUUCAAAAAGCGUAUUCUGAUGGAUCAGAUUGAGACCAAGCUGGAUCAGGGUCUGGACCGCUCCAUUAGCGCUGUAAUUGGCUGGGUCAAGGUGUACUUGCAAUACGAACAAAAGAAGACCGACUACAAGCCGGAGACUGAUGUGGAUACCAUUUCCUCGCCGGCCUGCCUGCAAGUCGUUCAGAAUCUGCAGCCCGUCAUUGUGCAGAUCAAGAAAUGUGUCGAUGGCGAGAAUCUGCAGAAUGUCCUGACGGAAUUCGGAACCCGACUACAUAGGGUGAUCUAUGAUCACCUCCAGACCAUGCAGUUCAACACGGCUGGAGCCAUGUGCGCCAUCUGCGACGUGAACGAGUACCGCAAGUGCAUUCGCGAGCUGGACAGUCCGCUGGUGACGCAGCUCUUUGACAUUCUGCAUGCAUUGUGCAAUCUGUUACUUGUUAAGCCACAAAACCUCCAAGAGGUUUGCACAGGUGACACUCUGAAUUACCUAGACAAGUCGGUGGUGCGGCAAUUCAUUCAGCUGCGCACUGAUUUCAGGAUUAUCAAGAACACCAAUUACCUGAAGGGCAUCAUUGAGUGAGGCGUGUUCAGCUGCCAGGAUGAGUCACAUUCCGAAACUUUCCACCUUGCGCGGUGCUGUCUGCGGAUUAAAUUGAUAUAUUGAGGGGGACAUUAUCUAAUAAUAAUUAAUUACGGUUCGCUAUGUUCUUUAACUUUCAAUUAAAGUCAAGUGGCUGGUUACUUUUAUCUACA